AUGAAAGCCGAGGGUUCGAAAGUCACCAGGAGACGUUUGUCUCCAGAAAGACUCGAGCUGAUACGCCAGCGUGGAAUCGCACGAGCUGCAGGCAACCGAGAACUAACGUCCGAACUUGCAAAACAAUGCAGACAGGCGAUAAAAGAAGAUUUUAAAGAGAGAAGAGCAGCAGUAAUGGUCGAAAUUAAACAGGCUGGGAAAAACAUUCGUAAAGCCCACCGAAGCUUCGCCAAUUACUGGGCUGCUCUUGCACACGACAGGAAAAAAUAG